CAAAGAGGGACAUAAGACGCAUGUACGAGAAAAAAUCAAACAAGGUGGGCUUGCGCCAGAUAGAGAACAGUAAAUCAUAUCCCAAACCAUAAUCAUCGUCCGAUAGCCUUAACUAUGCGACCAGCGACAUAAAUCGAACUCUGCGGCCUCGAACCCCGGUUGUUUGCCUACGAUUGGUAACUACCAAGCCAUGGCGAUGAUGAAAAUGUCAUCCAUGUCCAAUCACCUGUUGAAGGAGGCGUUGUUGGGGAGCAGCUGCAUGAACUUCCAUUUGCUGAAACUCCCGUCCAGAUGCCCAAUUCCUCUUUCGCGGAGUUUUCUCAGUUCGUCGUCUACAAACACCCGAGUGGCAAGAACAUCCAGAUUGAUUUUACCCCAGAGUGGCAGUCUGCAUAUGUGCCUGCAGCUGCUACAAUGAUCGGCUCGAUCAACUCGACAAACCUUCCCUACAUUACCCCCUUGGACCUGCUCGCCCUAAAGAUAAACACCUGUGGUAUGCGUCCGACUGCUGCAAAGAAGUCUCGCGAUGCCCAAGAUGCCCUGACAGUGGCAGAGAUGCUGUUGAAGCACGGUCCGAUUGUACUUACCCAUGAUCAGAAAGAGGCAGUGCGUGUUGGCAUCGAAGAUGUUGGUGCUUUGAGUGGUCGACAUUCAAGCUGGUGGACUAGCGCCCUGCAGCUCUGA